AACACACCUCUUCCGGUCUGAAAAACAAAACAACCGUGAGACACGACAUAAACAAACCGGACAGUUGUAUCGUGGCGUGUUUCUGAAUCCAAACGGGGCUCCGAUGCGCCGCUAGCCCGGUUGGUUCGGUUUGGGUGGAGGAGUGACGGUUAGCAUGGUGAAGUGUGUUGUCUCUGGGUGUCCGAACCGCGUUGUGAACGUUAACGUUAACCGGGGGAUCUUUAACCGACCACCGAAGAGGUUCUUCAGCUUCCCCAAAGACGCAGCGCGGGUCAAGGUAUGGCUGGCGGCGCUGAGGGAGAAGGACAAGGAGGACUCGACAGAGCAGCAUUUAAUCUGUGAAGACCACUUCUUGCCGGAGGACAUCUCCACCAAUGGGGUCAAAAGUGACGCCAUUCCCAUCAUGCCCCCCUACCUGGACGGGCCCCUGGGCAUGAUUAGCCCUUGGGGAGCCGAGUUGUCUGAGGAAGAGGAUCAGUGGGCCGCCGGCAGUGGUGGUGAUGAUGCCGAUGACACGUUUGAAGGUGGAGAUGAUGGUCCUGCUAAUGCGGAGCCUGCUGCACCAGAACCUCCUGCAGUGGAUCCACCACAGCAGGAUCCAGGUGCCACGAAGAAUUCAGGGGCCGAGACGACUGGUGUGCAUCAGAGGAAGGAGAUGAUCCAACCCAAGACAGUCACCAGACAGGAUGUGUCCCUGGGGGUGCUGACGCAGAGUUUCCUGGAGCUGUUGCUGGCGGCUCCGGACGGCUUGCUGGACCUCAGGCAGGUUACCACGAGCCUGAAGACGCGCAGGCGACGGGUCUAUGACAUCACCAACGUCCUGGAAGGCAUCAACCUCAUCGAGAAGGAGUCACCCAACAAGUUCAAGUGGAUAGGAGGGUGUGAGAUCUCCAGCUUUCUGUGGAAGAACCAACAGAAGUUCCAGAGAGAGUUGGAGAACCUGAAGCUGGUGGAGGACACGCUGGACACCAUCAUCAACAGCUGUGCCCAGCAGCUCUUCGACAUGACCGACGACAAGGAAAACGCCACGCUUGCCUACUUGACCCACGAUGACAUCAGCCGGUUUAGAGCCUUCCAGGAGCAGACGGUGAUUGUCGUCAAAGCUCCGGAGGAAACCAGGUUGGAGGUUCCUGCACCCAAUGAGGACAGCAUCCAGAUCCAUCUAAAGGGGGGGAAGGGUCCCAUCAUGGUACUGACGUGUGAUAUUGGGGCCGGAGACGUGACUGGAGAGAAGAACGGCUGCUUCUUAACGCUGGAGGAAAGCCGGAUAGAGACGGCCUCGCUGCACACAGAUUCAGAGUCAGACGACGAGGACCUGAUUCAACCGGAGCCUGACCCGGGCGGCGACGGAGCGUAUUGCCACUUCCAAGAUCCACAGACGGAAGAGCUAUUAGCAUUAGCAAUGCUAAAAUGGCGUCUACAGAGAGAGAGAGAGAGAGUGAAAUGUUAUUGCUGCAUCCACAUGGAUUCAGACAGACGGACAACACCUUCUGGACGGCUCGGGAAAACCAAACAGACAGACAGUCCGACGGAGGAUGGCAAAACGAAACACACAUGGCGAUCUGUUGCUAUGAUGAAGAUGAGGACGAGGACAAGGAGGAGGAGGAUGAUGAUGAUGAUGACGAUUACACGCCAGGGCCAUCAACAUCCAUCACUACUCCCCCCGCUCAGUCACAGCGAGGCUGCUCUACACGACACAUGUCUGCACCCGUUUCUCAGCCACAGCUUCCCCUUCCUGUGUCCGGGUGCACCCCCCCUCAGCCAGAAUGAGGACGAUGAGGAUGAUGACGAUGAUGAAGAUUACACGCCAGGGCCAUCAACAAAGUCACCACGUCCAAAGAAGCGCCGUCGAAGUGGGUCUGCCACUUCGAGGGUGAGAGAGGAGAAAGAGGGGGAAGAAGACAGGUGGCAUAACAGAGAGGAGGGAGAUAAAAUACCGGACCCACUCAGGUUCAGGCCUGCCAGGCAGCCUGGCCCCACCCUGGACACCAGCGCCUCAUGGUCUCCCCUUUCACUUUUCCAGCUGUUUUUUAGCACCUCUGUUGUCCGUACCAUCAUCGCAAACACAAACGCAAAUGCUGCCAAGAGACUGCAGGCUGGAUUGAAGUUUGUUUGGAAACCUCUGACAGUGAGCGAUUUCUACAUUUUCCUGGCCAUUAUCAUCUUCUCAGGGAUUGUAAAAGUGCAUAACAGAGCGGACUAUUGGAAAAAGGAAUGGCCAUACAACUUCCGAUUCCCCGCCGAUACGAUGACACGGGAUCGCUUUGAAUCCAUCUUAUGGUCCCUGCACUUGAGCAACCCAGCAGAAGACGAAGCCAACGAGCGCAAGAGGAACACUGCAGAGUAUGACAGACUGUUCAAGAUCAAGCCCCUGUACUCCGAGAUCGUGAAUGCCUGCAAAGUACACUUCCAGCCUUACCAGAACAUUGCCAUAGAUGAAAGGAUGGUGACGUCUAAGGCUCGCAUAAGUAUGAAGCAGUAUAUGAAGGAAAAGCCCACAAAGUGGGGGUACAAACUAUUUGUGCUUGUGGACUCCUUAACGUCCUACACGUGGAAUUUUUUUGUCUAUGACGGGAAGAGUCAUCCAGGCCAGGGUCUGAGCUACACUUCAGUAAUGGACCUUAUGGAAUUCCCUCUCCUCGGACGGGGCUACACACUAUUUGUAGACAGUUAUUAUUCCAGCCGUGCCCUCUUUGAGGAAUUGUCCAGACAAAACACUGGUGCAUGUGGGACAAUUAGAAAAAAACGUAUUGGCUUUCCACAGACAACACAGAAUGACCUACCAAAAAAUGCAGAAAGGGGAGAUAUGCGGUGGAUACGACAAAACAAACUUCUGUUUGUAAAAUGGAUGGACACACGUGAAGUGACCAUUUGCUCUACUGUGCAUGAAGCAUUCAGCGGACAGACUGUGAAGAGGAGAGUGAACGAGGCUGGUGUGUGGAAAAUCAAGGAUGUGACCAUUCCCGAUGCUGUUUUGAAGUACAAUCAAAACGUGGGUGGCAUGGAUCUGUCUGAUGCUUUGACUGACUAUUGCAGUGUGCACCACAAAACCAUGAAAUGGUAUAAGACCUUCUUUUACCAUUUUAUGGACAUCGCUGUGGUCAACAGCUUCCUUCUUCACAAGGAACUAUACAAAAAGAAGAAUGAUCCCACCUCGAAAAGGCCAUUCACCCAGAAGCGCUUCAGGGAGAAGCUAGCUGCAGAUAUGCUGGAGUUUGCCAAAGCCUCAGCACCACCUCCACCACCACCACCACCACCACCAGCAACCUCCUGCAUGCCUGCAUACUAUGGAGACGAUGGUUCCCAAUCUAGGAGGUACUGCAAGAGAUGCCAAGAUGCUGGCAUCAAAAGAAUGAAGACCCCUGUGUACUGCAUGAGGUGUGAGGUUUCUCUGUGCUUAACUUCUAAAAGGAACUGCUUCAGGGAUUGGCACAAUAAGAUUAAAUGACAACAGAUGCCUUCCUUUUUUUCUUUUGUUGUCCUCUCCUCUACCCACGGCCAUUAUUCAUCAAAAAAACCAAACACCCAUGGACCUGAAAGUUGACUUUUAUAUUAAUUUUAGUAUUUGGUACAUUUUUGUGUGUAUGUGUGCAACAGUAUGUGAUAUAAAUCUGCUCCAUUUUGAGUCAAACCUCA